AAAUUAAAUAACAAAUGUAAUGAUGUGUAUGUUAUAUGUGUUGGGAUUUUGACAACCAAUGCAACUGUUAAUGACUUUAAUAUAAUUAUAAUUAAAUUAUAAUUAAUUAAUAGUAUUAUCAAAACAAUAUCACUGAUGGGUCUCAAUAUAAGCUCAUUAAACAAUUUAAAGCAAAACCAAUACUUAAACAAAUUGGUGUCCAAUCAACACAUUAGUACCGAUGCAUCAAAUGAUGACUUCUGGAAACAAUUGCUGUCCUUUGCUUUCGACAAUUUGCCGCAAAUGUGUAAUGAACAGAAGUUUUUUGAUGAAAACGUCGCUCCUUUGCUGUCCACUCUUAUUGAAAACAAUUUAACUUCACAUAACAUCGGAUCCAUUGUCCGCAUUGUAAUCAACAAAACAAGUCAAUUGAAAGAAGAAGAGAGUGAUCAACAAAAUUAUAAUUUGAUUGUAUGGCAAACAUAUAACGCUUUAUUCAUCUUGAGAUCGGCCGCUAAGUAUUUGAUUGAAACACUUACUGAAGAUAAUAUAAUUCGUCAUUUCGUGGCAAUUGUCGACUCAAACGAUACAAAAAGCGAUAAGAAUGAAGAGUCCGGUCUCGUUAUUAUUGAACAACUGUUGAAUGCAUUAAUUGAGAUUCUAGUGGAUAUUCCUCUGAGUGAUAUGACAUAUAAUCUUCAAUUGGAAGCAAUCAAUGGUCUUUUAGUACUUUUGUCAACUCAGAUGUAUUCGGCCCGACCGGCAAACAAGUCAUCCAUUUAUAGAUUAGUUAUGCAGAAGAAAUGUGCAAUUCAUGCCUUAUUAUUAACUAAAAGUCUUUUAACAAACUUUGUCGCUCAAAGACCUGCACCAGAGUUUCAGAGCGGAAGUAUUAUCUUGGGUUUAGCUUCUGGUCUUUGGAAUGUUUUGACUCUUGGCUAUGGCAAAGGUGGCGACAGUGAUAAACCGGCAUUUCUUGCCCGACAGAGUUUGCUUUUGCUUUUGGUUUUGACCAAUCAUUGCACAACUGAAGUGAAUCCCUAUAGAGAAGCUUUAUUUAGUUGCUGUGAUUCACAACUUGAGUCCAAAACAGCUACAGACCAGACGGUCACCGGAUUUAAAAUAGAUUUUACAAAACUCUAUAAAACCCUUUGUGUUAACCUUAAUGACGAUCAAACAACACUUCUACUAUAUAUGCUUCUCCAUCGUAAUCACUACUUUAAGUCAUUUGUAUUGAGUCGUGCACUUGAAUUGGAUCAACUGGUGAUUCCUAUAUUAAAAAUUCUUUAUACAUCCCCUGACCGUAACUCACAUCAUAUUUAUAUGGCUUUAAUUAUUCUUUUGGUUCUCAGCGAAGAUAAUCUAUUUAACGAAUCCAUUCACGACAUCACAUUGAAGAGUAUUGUUUGGUAUACUGAUAGACAACUUACCGAAAUAUCUUUGGGUGGUCUUAUUAUUCUUAUUGUUAUUCGAACCAUUCAAUACAAUAUGUCGAGAUCCAGAGACCGCUUUUUACACACUAAUCUUUGCGCCACAUUAGCCAAUAUGUCGAAUCAUUUUAAACGUCUCAGUCCUUAUGUCUCACAAAGACUGGUAUCACUAUUUGAAAAAUUAUCCAAAAAAUUCAAUAAAAUUCUAGAAGAGAUACAAACUAACGAUAAUAAGACAUCAAACGGUGUGGUCCAGUCUGAUGCCAGUUCUGAUUGUGAGACUAAUUCAGUGGUACCGGAUGUAGUCCAAGACGUUUCUAUAUUUGAAGAAGUUUUACGAAUGCUUUUGGAAAUAAUAAACGCCUGUUUGGCCGCACAGUUGACUAAUAACCCUAAUUUAGUUUAUACUUUGUUAUAUAAGCGACAAGUAUUAGAGCCUUUUCACUCUCACCCGUGCUUUCAGGACAUUGUUAUGAACAUUGAGACGGUUUUGACAUAUUUCUCGAACCGAAUUGAAUCAGUCGAUAGAAAUCUUUCGGUUGCAGAAGUAUACGAAAUAAUACAACAGUCGUCACUUCAAUGGCCAUCUGAUAGGCUUAAGAAAUUCCCGGAAUUGAGGUUCCGAUACGUUGAGGACGAACAGCCCGAAGAAUUUUUUAUUCCCUACAUCUGGUCUCUAGUGUUCCGGUCGUCACAUAUUUAUUGGAAUUCACAAAAUAUUUUACUUUUUAAUCCUUACCGAAACAAUUAAUUUAUUAAACAAAUUAUAUCUAAUAUAUUAUUAUUUAUCUAAUUGUAUGGAAUG